AACCCUUGCCCGGAAUUGGAAUACUCGGAUUCCCAUUUCCAACUAUUGACUUUGACUCUUGUUCACUUCUCUUCCUUCCCCAUCAGAUCCACACACUCCCAUACUCACAUUUUCACACACUAAUCCCCAAAAUUUUUCCCGAGAAAAUCCUCAAUUUUCCAUGAAAAUCCCCACACAUUAGAUCUCCAAUCAACAUGGUCAGCACCUCAUCAUCACCAACAAUGGCGGCACAAGAUCUGGUUCAGAACUUCACCCUCCCCAAAACCCUAAAGCUGAAAACGAAGCAGCAAGAGCUUCUGAUCCGCGUCACCGUUCUAGGUCUCAUCUACAUCCUCGCCUUCAUCACGCGACUCUUCAGCGUCCUCCGCUACGAGUCCAUGAUCCACGAGUUCGACCCUUACUUCAACUACCGAACCACUCUAUACCUCACCAAACAUGGCUUCUCCGAGUUCUGGAACUGGUUCGACUCGGAGAGCUGGUAUCCACUCGGACGCAUCGUCGGCGGCACGCUCUACCCCGGACUCAUGGUCACCGCCGCCGCGCUUUACAACCUCCUCCGCUUCCUCCGAUUCGCCGUCCACAUCCGCGAGGUUUGCGUCCUAACGGCGCCAUUUUUCGCCUCUAACACUACCAUCGUCGCGUAUUUCUUCGGCAAGGAGGUUUGGGACUCCGGCGCCGGCAUUGUCGCCGCCGCAUUGAUCGCUAUUUGCCCCGGCUAUAUCUCGCGGUCCGUCGCCGGAUCUUACGACAAUGAGGGUGUUGCCAUUUUUGCUCUCUUGCUAACAUUUUUCUUGUUCGUCAAGGCGGUGAACACUGGUUCUCUUGCGUGGUCUUUGGGUUCGGCUUUUGGGUACUUUUACAUGGUUUCGGCUUGGGGUGGUUAUGUUUUUAUUAUCAAUUUGGUUCCGCUCUACGUGCUGGUUCUGUUGAUUACUGGGAGGUACUCGUUGAGGCUCUAUGUUGCUUACAAUUGCAUGUAUGUGCUUGGAAUGCUGCUUGCGAUGCAGAUUAGGUUUGUGGGGUUCCAGCACGUGCAGUCUGGGGAGCACAUGGCUGCUAUGGGCGUGUUUUUCUUGCUCCAGGUGUUUUUCUUCUUGGAUUGGGUAAGGCAUUUGCUUAGUGACACAAAAUUGUUUCAAGCAUUUUUGAGGAUCACUGUAACUGGUGCAGUCGGUGUUGGUGCCAUUGCUUUGGGAGUAGGUACAGCAUCUGGUUACAUAUCUCCAUGGACGGGAAGGUUUUACUCUUUGCUUGAUCCAACAUAUGCUAAGGAUCACAUUCCUAUUAUUGCUUCUGUCUCUGAGCAUCAGCCAACUGCUUGGUCAUCCUUCAUGUUUGAUUUCCAUAUCUUGCUGUUCCUUUUCCCUGCUGGGCUCUAUUUUUGCUUCAAGCGCUUGUCUGAUGCCACAAUCUUCGUAGUUAUGUAUGGUCUUACAAGCAUGUAUUUUGCUGGUGUUAUGGUUCGAUUGAUUCUUGUUGCUACCCCUGCUGUAUGCCUCAUCAGUGCUAUUGCGGUUUCGGCCACUCUGAAGAACUUGACUCGGUUGGUCAGGGCCAAAAGCCAAGCUUUUCAAAGUGGUUCUGGUAAAGGAAGUAGUGCUGCAAAAGCUUCUUCCAAGGGUGUAAUUGAUAACUCCCAGCCUUUCCAAAAGAAUGGUGCUAUUGCGUUACUUCUUGGUGCUUUCUAUCUGCUCAGUAGAUAUGCUAUUCACUGUACUUGGGUUACAUCGGAGGCUUAUUCAUCUCCUUCGAUUGUCUUAGCUGCAAGGGGUGCCCAUGGCAACAGGGUCAUCUUUGAUGAUUAUCGUGAGGCUUACUUUUGGCUUCGCCAGAACACUCCACCUGAUGCCAAGGUGAUGUCGUGGUGGGAUUAUGGUUAUCAAAUUACUGCUAUGGGAAACAGAACGGUUAUUGUUGACAAUAACACCUGGAACAAUACACACAUAGCAACUGUUGGGCGUGCAAUGUCAUCUUAUGAGGAUGAGGCAUAUGAGAUAAUGAAAUCACUUGAUGUUGACUAUGUAUUAGUCGUGUUUGGUGGUGUUACUGGUUAUUCUUCUGAUGAUAUUAAUAAAUUUCUGUGGAUGGUGAGAAUUGGCGGUGGAGUUUUUCCUGUAAUAAAGGAACCUGAUUACCUUGUCAAUGGAGAGUAUCGUGUAGAUAAAGGUGCUGCUCCCAAAAUGUUGAACUGUCUUAUGUACAAGCUGUCUUAUUAUCGGUUUGGGGAGCUGACAACAGAAUAUGGAAAACCACCUGGGUAUGAUCGUGCUAGAGGUGUUGAAAUUGGAAAUAAAGACAUCAAGUUGGAGUACUUGGAAGAGGCUUUCACUACCCAGAACUGGAUAGUUCGUAUUUAUAAAGUUAAACCACCUAAAAACAGGUGGUAAGCCUAACUUUUAAUCCCCCCGCCUUCCCCAAACCCCCCCCAAAAAAAGAAGAAGAAAAACUUGUUUUCUCUGCGGGAAAUGAUAGCAUUCUAGUGAACUUGAGAGCUGAAAAUCUGUUAGCUAUGUUAUAGAUAGUGGACCAUUUUUUGAAGUAUUUAUAUGUAGAAUUCAGUUAAGGUAAUUU